UAUCGUUCUACUACGAUACUACUAUCAUGCAUCUUUAUUAUUCAUUUGCGUUUAACUAAGUCCUCGCCAAUGCUGACGGAACUGAAACUUGGCGAUGAAUGCAACAGAAACAGAGAUUGUGAGAGUUUCAUCGCCAAAAGCCAUUGCCACUAUGGUUACUGUCGGUGUCAACCCUUUUUCGCAGAAUACAAUGGAACACAUUGCCUCGAGUCUACAUUAUUGGGUAACGAUUGCAUCGUAAACGAACAGUGCUCGUUGAAAGUAGCAAACAGCAGCUGCCUCGAAGGUGCAUGCAGAUGCGUCGAAGGUUAUUUACAAUUUCGAAGACACACCUGUCUAGGACCUGCUAAAUUGGGAGAAGUGUGUUACGAACACGCGCAUUGCAGAUUAUGGGAUCCAAAUACCCAUUGCGAUUUUCUCAUUCCCGAUUUAUUCGGACGUUGUCAAUGCACUGCACCGAUGCGUCGUGAAAAUGACAUUUGCAGUCCGGAUAAUCUCGUCAGACCAUCUUUAUCUUUGAAUCAAGAAAUUCAUUCUUAUCAAACCGAACAAACUACCACGGAAACUGACGAGGAAAAUACCAUGGAUUUUGUAAUACCAACUUCUAAACCGGAGAAUAUCGAUGAUCAGGAUAAUACCGCACCGAUUAAAACCGAUCGUCACGAACCAACCGCAACGGUAGCAGUCAGUUUAGGUCUACCCUGUAUCUCUGAUUUAGAAUGUCGAAUGGCGGAUCCAUAUUCAAGAUGUACGGAAGGAAUUUGCGAUUGCAAUUUCCCAUCUAAUUCAAGUUGCAAUGCAAAGAUAGGUGGUUGUACACCUGGUACGUUCCAAUGCAGAAGUUCAGGAAAUUGCAUCAGUUGGUUCUUCGUUUGCGAUGGUCGUGCAGAUUGCUUUGAUGGUUCUGACGAGGAAUGCACCAAGGGUAGUUGUCCUAAUCAAGCUUUUAAAUGCCCGAAAAGUGGCAUUUGCGUUUCUAGGGCAGGCAUUUGCGAUGGAAACCGUGAUUGUCCUGACAACGAGGAUGAAAAGGAUUGCAACAAUCGAAGAAAAUGUCCCGAAGGUGCAUUCAGAUGUAACAAUGGCCAAUGUUUACCUGCAUACGAGUUUUGUAAUGCAGUUGUUUCUUGUCGAGAUGGCAGUGACGAACCUAGAGGAGCCUGUCGAACCCGAUAUCGCGGUAGGAUAGGACCCAAAACGUGUCCUUUUAAAUGCGAUAAUGGUAGAUGCCGUUCGGAUGCUAUUGCAUGCAGCGGAAGAGACGGAUGUGGCGAUGGUUCCGAUGAAAAACAUUGUUCUGUUUGCAAGAAAAAUAUUCAAAAGAAUAAAAUUAUUUCUAAUCCUGAAAUAAUCAUUCACGAAGAUGAUCGUUCAAUGAUUGGUAUGCCUUUAGAAGAAAACAGAUAUGGAAUAUACCAGGAGAUUCAAUAUAAUGAACGUUCAUGGGAAAAAUCGAGAUUUGAAAAGAAAAAGAACAAGGUGGAACAAAGGGAAUGUGGAAUAUUGAAGUUAAAAGUUUUGGAAAUGCCGGUACCAUCACCAUCACCAUCACCACCGGUAAUUUCCAAUUGGAAAAACGAGGCUGAGUUUGAAUCUGUCAGCCAAAUUCGAAGGACGACAUUUGAUUGUUCAUCGAAAGGGGAAACGCGAAUUUAA